AUGGCAGGGGAGCAUUUUGUGCUUGUUCAUGGGGAAGGUCAUGGAGGGUGGUGCUGGUUCAAGCUCCGGUGGCUCCUUGAGGGCUCCGGCUACCAGGUGACCUGCAUAGACCUUGCUGGAAGUGGCGUAGACCCCACCGACCCCAACACUGUCCGGUCAUUCGACCAGUAUGACAAGCCGCUCCUGCGCCUCAUCUCCGCCUUGCCGGAGGGCGAGAAGGUGAUUCUCAUUGGGCAUGGCAGUGGAGGGCUGAGUGUGAUUCACGCAAUGCAUGAAUUCGUUGACAGAAUUAAGCAAGCAAUAUUUGUGGCAGCUGCUAUGCUGCCAUUUGGACUUCAGACUGAUGAAGAUAAGAAAGAUGGCUUACCAAGUUUGCCUGAGAAUGAGACCGAGUUGACAUUCGGUGCAGGAGCAGAUGAUCCUCCAACUACUGUCGCCUUGAGAUUAGAAUUCCAGCGUGAUCGACUAUCACAGCAAAGCCCUGAGGAGGAGUCAAUACUGGCUUCAAUGCUGAUGCGCCCAUGGCCUGCAAGUGCUAUUGGUACUGCAAGCUUUGAAGGAGCUGAUGAGAGAUUGAAUCGAAUAAAGCGGGUUUUCAUAAAGACACAGCGUGACCUCAUGCUGGACCCUCAGCAGCAAGAUUCCAUGAUCAAGAAGUGGCCACCCAGCGAGGUUUUGGUCAUAGAUACAGACCACAGCCCCUUCUUCUCUGCACCAGAACAGCUCUUUAACCUAAUAGUCAAAUCUCUAUGA